AUGGCGCCUCCCGCUGCGACGAUUGAUGUGGGAUCCUUCGAGUUCUACGGCGCCGAUUCGGAUGCCGUCCCCUUCACCAUUCCCGACCGAUUGACGGUGCAGAGUGUUGCAAAACGUCGUGCGGCGUCGGGAAGGUUGGUCGCUGGUGUUGCUGCGCCAGCCGACCUGGAUGCCUUCAAGGGGAGAACCAGCCAUUUGCACAAAGGUUUUGCCAAGCGAUGGGAUCAUCGACUUUCCCAUGAGACGCUUUCUCGAGGCGGCAGCUCGUUGAAGUUGGCCGCUGCCUUCCUCAACACCCCGGGUCUGAUCUCGCUCGGCGGAGGCUUGCCCUCUCCGGAAUACUUUCCCUUUCCGGAAAUCAAUGUGCGAGUUCCCAGAGUCGCUUCUCCGGGAAGAGGGAGGACGGGACAUGGCAUUGAUGAUGUUCUCCACGCCGAAAUGCACGAUAUGCGUGAUGGACGAUCCACCUUUGAUAUUGCCACUGCAUUGAACUACGGCCAAGGCCAUGGAGCGCCUCAACUGUUGAGGUUCUUGGUGGAGCAUACGGAGAUCGUUMACAACCCUCCCUACCAGGAUUGGAGUUGCGCCAUGACCGUGGGAUCGACCGCCGCCUGGGACAUGACCUUGAGAAUGUUGACCAAACCUGGAGACUGGGUCAUUAGCGAGCAAUACACCUUCCCAGCAGCAGUCGAGACCGCCGCACCCAUGGGUGUGAAAUUUGCCGCCGUCGAAAUGGACGCCCAUGGCAUGCUCGCCUCUUCCUUGGAUGAUGUCCUCACUAAUUGGGAUGAAAGAGUUCGCGGCGGUCCCAAACCAUUCUUGGUAUACACAGUCCCUACAGGACAGAACCCUACCGGGUCAACACAAGGCAUCGAACGACGACGUGAGGUCUACCGUGUUUGCCAGAAGCACGACCUUUACAUCUUCGAGGAUGAGCCCUACUAUUUCCUCCAAAUGCAGCCUUACACAGGACCCUCGGCUCCUGAUGUUCCUCCUCCAGCGUCCUACAGCGAGUUCUUGAAUUCCAUCGUCCCUUCUUUCCUCUCCAUCGAUACAGACGGCCGCGUGAUGCGCGCCGACUCCUUUUCAAAAGUCCUCGCGCCCGGAAGUCGGCUAGGCUGGAUCACAGCUUCAGAACAGAUCUGCAAUCGCUUCCGCACUCAUGCCGACGUCAGCACACAAGGACCCAGCGGUUUCAGCCAAAUCAUCCUCUUCAAGCUCCUAGACGAGACUUGGGGUCACACCGGCUACCUCGACUGGCUCAUCCACAUGCGAAUGGAAUACACCCGUCGUCGCAACGUCAUGAUGGAGGCUUGCGAGCGCUACCUACCGAAAGAUCUUGUCAGCUGGGUGCCACCGUCGGCGGGCAUGUUCCACUGGUUGAAGAUCGAUUACAAACAGCAUCCCGACUACAGAUGGAAGAGCAUCGAUGACAUUGAAGAGGAGAUCUUCAUGCGAAUCAUCGACCAUGGAACUUUAUUAAUGAAGGGCAGCUGGUUCUGCGCUGAUAGAGACGUCGCUCGGGAAACCAUGUUCUUCCGCGCUACAUAUGCCGCUGCCGAGUUUGGUCAGAUUGAAGAAGCAAUCCGAAGAUUUGGGAAUGCGAUUCGGGACGCUUUCGGAAGGCCCGCUUACUCUAAUGGAUUGUUGACAAAUGGUGUGCAUUGA